UGCAUUGUCUUUAAAAUUUAAUAGUUCACCAAAGGAAAAACACAAAUUCACACGUGCAAAAGUUUUGCCCUCUUGACGUCUGCGAUUUCUUCCUUUCUUCUCUGGCCAAACCCCAAAAGACAUCAUCGAAUCAAUAACACAAAUUCUCUUCUCUGUAACGACAACUUAACAAGCUAAGACCGGGUUAUGUCCUAGCACAACAAGUCCUCUUUACAAAAUCAAAGCCUUUCUUCUCUUCUUCCUUUUAGCAUCACCAAGAAAUAGAAUAUGGGAGAAGGAAGAGAAGGGGAUUGGGAGUGCAGUGGAUGUCAAAACAGAAACUAUGCGUUUAGAUCUUUUUGUAAUAGAUGCAAACAACCUCGACUUCUUGUUGAUAACAAAACCCCACCUGACUCUAAAUGGCUCCCUCGUAUUGGUGAUUGGAUCUGCACUGGUUGCACUAACAACAAUUAUGCAUCACGAGAAAAGUGCAAGAAGUGUGGGCAACCAAAGGAGGUAGCGGCAAUGCCAGCAAUUGCAAUGCCUGGAGUGUCUCUCCCAACUUAUUCACAUUAUUUUGCCAGGAGCCCUGGAGGACCAGACCAAAGGUUGAAUAUUGGAUUAGAGGGCAAUGGUGCUCUCCAGCAACCAGUACCCUUGAAUUCAAGCUGGUCUGGAGGAGGGGCUGAUAAUUAUGGAGUUCAGCAGACCUCUACUUGGCCUUUGGGUGGAAAACAGAUGUCUGGACAUCCAUAUGCAAACCCUCUAAAUCAACCCCCUCCUCCAAUUCCUAAAGGAUGGCGAAAUGGUGACUGGCUAUGCAAUUGUGGCUUCCACAAUUACUCUUCACGUGCACAGUGCAAAAAGUGCAAUGCUUCUUUGCCACCAGUGGGAACAAAGCGAUUGGCAUCUCAAGAAUUUUUCCAGGACUGGGAGAACAAAAGAUUAAAUUCUGGAAAUACAGAUGGGCAACCACAACCAUAUCCAAGCUUCAAUCAAAUGGCAGGGACCAAUGGUGACCAAAGUUCAGGAGUUUAUGUUUCCUAUCCCACUUAUAGUACAGAACUAGCUCCAAAUUGGCAAGCACCAGUGCAAAUUCCACUUCAAAUAACAACGCCUGCUCUCCUUGGAAAAGGAGCCAAGCAAUGGCGUAAUGGAGAUUGGAUGUGUGCAAAUUGCAACAAUCACAACUAUGCUUCUCGUGCACAGUGCAACAGGUGUAAGACGCAAAGAGAUGUGGUCGCUCAGCCAGUUCCCCAGCCAGUCAAUGUUGUGUAACUGCAAAUUUGUCGAGGAUUUAGACUGUUGUAGCUUGCAAUGCCCUUUGUUUGUUCUGUUUCAGUUUUGUGCGACGUCUGGUCAUAGAAAAAUGGAAGCCGUAUAGGCAUACGAUUAGACACUGUAGAAAUUAGCGGUUGUGAUAUUUAAAGGACAAAUAACGCAAGCAUGAUUGUUCUUAUUUUAUAGCAGUAUUGUGUGAGUGUGUGUCUUCCAUUCCAUAUUCAAAGCUUGUUUUCACAACUGAAGUAAUAAAGUAUCAUUUGUUGGUUUGCG